GCCUUAGGCAAGAUUAUGCUUCGACUUCAGCAUCUGUGUCAAGGCACACUUCCAGCGUCUCUCUGCAUGCGGGAAAGAAAGGGACAUGUGGUGACCAGGAAUAUGAUCGCUAUAGUCUUGAGGACGAGGAAGAGUUUGACCACCUUCCACCUCCACAGCCACGUCUGACUCGCUGCUCCCCCUCCCAGAGAGGGAUCCCUCACUCGCAGACUUUCUCCAGUAUCCGGGACUGCAGGAGAAGCCCUACUUCCCCACAAUUCCCUACAAAUACUUAUCAGCAACCCUACUACUCUCCUCAAGCCCAAACUCCAGAUCAGCAACCAAAUAGGAUUAAUGGAGAUAAACUUCGAAGAAGCAUGCCUAACCUCACUCGGAUGCCAAGUACCCCCACCAUUAACAGUAAUGCUGGCUUUGCUGGUUCUCCCGUCACUGUGAGGAACAGUCAGAGCUUUGACUCCAAUUUACAUGGAGCGAGUAAUGGGAUUUCAAGGAUGCAGUCAAGUAUUCCAUCACCAGGACAGCUUCAGCACCGAGUUCACAGUGUGGGACAUUUUCCAGUGUCUGUCAGACAGCCUCUCAAAGCUACUGCCUACGUAAGCCCAACCGUACAAGGUAGUAGUAGCAGUAGCAGUAGCAGUCUUCCAGUGUCCAGCAACUCGCAGUUAUAUUCUAACACUGGGAUCCCAAUGCCAAACAAGACUGCCAGUCAAGGGCUUGUGGGGCGCAGUGCUCUUCCGAGACCAUCGCUGGCCGUCAAUGGGAGUGGCAUUCCCAGAAGUAAAAUUGCACAGCCAGUUCGAAGUUUUCUUCAGCCUCCAAAGCCACUUUCAUCACUCAGCACAAUACGGGAUGGGAACUGGAGAGAUGGCUGCUAUUGAUGAAGGAUACCCAUCAACAGUGGAAAACAAAUAAUGCAGAUUUCAUUACCCAGCUGGCUGGGUAACAAUGAUUUGGAAAAGGAGGGUCGUACAGUAUUAUGUCCCCCAGGAUCUUAAUAUGUAACCAUCUACAAUGUAAUGUCAUUUUUAAAAAUGAACAUCUUAUCAAAUACUAAAUGUUGCACUUAAUCAGUUACCCGAACAGCUGCACUGUUAUCAGAUUAACAAUGGCAGCGCUGGCAUUUGGAACUGAAGUACUAAAUGUGUGCAAAGUACAAAAAUAUUUCCUUGGAAGGAACUGGGAGAUUAUGCUUUUGGGCAGCUUUGCCAUACUGAAGUUCUGAGAUAAUUUAUUCAGUGUAAAGGCAUCAUGCAUUUUAUUUUGAAUUUGGGGGUACUUAUGUAUGUGCUUGAAUUUUUUUCUGGUGUUUCCAGUACAUUUUAUUUUGUAUACUUAAGUUCAUUUUAACUUGCCUGAACCUUGAACAACAGAGAGAUAAUUUAACUUUUCUGUGCCAUAAAUAAUAUUUUUUGGGCAAUGUACUUUUUUAGCGCUAGGAACAUAUCUUACAAAAUCUUACCAUUGGCAAUACAAAGCAGUAUAUUUAUGUUGCAGAAGCACGGAAGAAAGGUAGCAUUCACUGGAAAUUGUCAUCCAACUGGGUCAGCAUGGUUUUGUUGGUCCUUCACCAUUUGUUCAAUUUUUAAUUUAUUGUCAUAGUGUUUUGUAUUUAAAAUGACCACAUAUGUCACAUUGCAUUUACGAAGAUACAGUGAUCUCUAAAACUACAGUUGAUUUUCAGUACUUUAUUACAAAGAAUAAAAUUGUAAUGUUUUAUUAACAGUUGCUUAUGGAAAGUGAGUUUUAAUGUGAAUAAAUCUUUUUGAUAGACCUUUUACAAAAUUCAAUUGCACUAAUCAAUGCUUUCUUACAAUGGCAUAUGACUUAAUAUUUGAUUACAACUGUGUAUACUGCUGUUUUGGAAUGUUUCAGGAAAUAAAGAAUCUAUUUCGGCAAUAA